AUGGAAAAUGAAAGUGAAAUGAAAGUACGCAACGUUUUGUUUUAUGCUUCACAUAUUACCGUAUCAAUAUUUAUGCUUGUUUUGGAUAAAACUACACAAGAAUCAGAAAUAUUCAUGUCAUCGAAACCUUCUUUAUUAGUUUGCUUUGCUUGUUUAUUAUUUGUUAAGAACAAACGAUGGGAAUUGACACACAAAAAAGAUUUUCAACAAAACUUAGAAAGAAGCGUGAUCUUUCAUGUUAUAAACAUGAUAAAUACCUGA